UUUAUGUUAGUUGAAGCAGCUGCAUAUAUUUGCAAUAUAGGCAAUGACAAAACUGAAAAAGAUGGAAUCGACUGUCGCCAAAAACAUAAAAAUGAUUGGGAUAAAUGGUAUCCUUGGCAAAAAUCCCUCAAUAAGAUUGCAGAAGAACCUAUUAAUGACGAAUUACAUCAUUUACUAAAGUCUAAAACUCGCAAACUUGUUAAAGAGGCAAUUAUUGAAGAAAAUAAACGUUUAAUUUCUAAAAAUGUUCAUGAAGCCGUAAAAGAGGCUGUAAAUUUGCAACAAAUUGAAGGGCGUAAACAAAAAGAAAAAAUGAAGAAGAAAAAUAAGAAAAGUGGAGUUGGAGAUGAAGUUAAUAAAAAAGUAUUUAUAAAUGUAAAAUUAUUGGAUGAGGAUUGA